AUGUGCUGGUGGAGCAAUUCCGGGGCUGAAAGGUUUCUAGCUCAGCUCUCUGAAUUUGCUAUCGUCAAUAAACUCAGCCCGGGCCCUUUGAAGAACAUUGUCAAAAGCCUCCUCUUGGUGCCAAACGGUGCCCUAAAGAGGAUUCUCUCAGCAGAGCAGGUCAGAGCAGAUCUUAUCACUCUAGGGCUGAGUGAAGAAAAAGCCGGCUAUUUUGCCGAACAAUGGAAGGAGAAGUCUCCCACGCUAACUCUCCUGGCUGUGGGGCAAACUCUGAUGAUUAACCAGCUCAUAGACAUGGAGUGGAAGUUUGGAGUUACUGCUGGAAGCAGCGAACUGGGGAAGGCAGGAAGCAACUUCAUGCAGGUGGGUCUCUAUUAA